UUUUUUUUUCAACAAAAAAAAUAAAAUAAAUCUCAAAAAGAUGGAAUCAGAACUACGUCAUAGGGAUAUGAAAACAACAACUAUAGAUGAUAUAAAUAGUGAUGCUCUCUCUUCAUCAUCUUCUAGUGAUGAUUAUCAAGGUGAUAUCAAAAAGGAUAUGCGUUAUUCUUAUGGAAAGACGUCUGAUGGCACGGUCUUUCGAGUUCCUCGUACAACAGACAUGGUUUCGAACUUAUUAAAUCCAUGGAAAAAGAAAAGUGUAUUCGAUUGGAUCACAUUAAGUACAAUGGCCAUCGAAAUUUCACUCUUGUUUAUUUUACCUGUUUGGUAUAAACGUAUCUUAUUCUUGUUCAUCUUCUUUUUCUGGCGUUUGGCGUAUAAUGUCGGCCUUGGCAUUUUAUUAAAAUAUCAAAGCGAUAGUCGUGGUUUAGUUCGAAUGGCUAAAAAAUAUCAUUUAUUUGAUCAUAAAUCAAACCCAAAAGUUUACAAUUGGCUUCAACAGCAAUUAAGUAUCAAUAUGGGUGAUGAUUAUGACUUUGCUACGACCCCAGUUGAAUAUAAUACUUGGAUGUUAUAUAGACAACUCGUUGAUCUUAUUUUAAUGAAUGAUUUCACCAGCUAUUUAUGCUUUGCGUUGUCCUGGAUUAAUAUGUCAGCUCAGUCAUCUAUUUUCAUGGGUAAUACCUUAAGAUGGCUUGGUGGCCUAUUUUUAAUUAUAUUUAAUAUUUGGGUUAAACUUGAUGCUCAGAGAGUUGUGAAGGAUUUCGCUUGGUAUUGGGGUGAUUUUUUCUUUUUAAUCGAGCAAUCUCUCACAUUUGAUGGUGUAUUUGAAAUGGCUCCUCAUCCAAUGUAUUCUAUAGGUUAUUUUGGUUAUUAUGGUAUCUCGCUUAUGUGUGCAAGCUAUGUCGUAUUGUUUGUCAGUAUUGCUGCACAUGCUCUUCAAUUUGCAUUUCUUAUUUUUGUCGAAACUCCUCAUAUUGAUAAAACUUAUAAUCCUCCUCAGAGAAUUAAACGAAAUAAGUCUAGUUUGACAGAUGAAAAUACCUUAAACACUACCUUUGAUCAACAAGCAAGUCAUGAGUUUUAUACAAAGUACUUCCGUCGCGACCUUAUUGUAUUUAAAAAUUUUGACUUAUUCAGAACAACGGAUAUUGUUGCAGUAAUAAUUAUGUUUUAUGCUAUCAUUACUCCUCUUCUUGUGCCUGGUAAAUUUGGUAUCACUAUUGCUAUUAUUCAAGCUUUCUUUUGGCGUGCUAUUCAUUCUCUUGGAAAUGGAUCUAUUCUUCGUUCGCAAUCCAAUUGCAAAUUUUUUACGCGUCACUUUAUCAAAUGGGGUGAUGAUGUGCAAGAAGCUUUUCAAAACUGGAAAAGUAUUUAUAAUCUUACUUUAUGUAUGACUUAUGUAACUUUUUUCAUUGCUUGCUGGAAGACUUAUACCUUGCCUGAUAAUUGGGCCUAUGGAACUACUUUACUCAGACAUACUCUUGGAUUCGUGUUUAUCUUCCUCCAUAUCUGGACAUCUGUUUCUAUAUACGAGGUUAUUGGUGACUUUGGAUGGUUCUAUGGUGACUUCUUUAUUGAUGAACAUCCUUCUGAAUUAUUAUAUACUGGAAUUUACAGAUAUUUGAAUAAUCCCGAAAAAAUCAUGGGUCAUGCUGCUUUUUGGGGUAUGACUCUCAUCGCUAACAGUGGUACUAUAUUUGUAUUAGCACUCUUUUCUCAACUCUGUAAUGUUUGGUUUAUCCAAUAUGUUGAAAGUCCUCAUAUGCGUAAACUAUAUGGCGAUCAGAUUCGUAAAGAAGCUGGUUUAACAAAAACAUUAAAAUCUGCUGCUAUUGCUAUUCCAAAGACAAUUCCUGAAAGACUUCAACAAGAGAUUGCAAAGCUUAUUCGUGAAAAUCAGGAUAGCACCAAGAACGUGGAACGUAUUCUAAAAGAAGCAGCGGAGAUAGUAGAAAAGGCAGUAGAAGAAACAAAAGAUGCUGUUGGCGAUAUUGUUGAUGCCGCUCGUCCUCGUUUGCAAGAGGUAUUAUUGGAGACAAAGCAGUUAUUAGCGACUUCACGCUCUCGUGUAAUCCCUUUAACUACAGACGAUAUUGGUAUGUACGAUUUGUCAAAAUAUUCUAUCAAAAUCAAAGAUGAUAAGGGCAUCAAUAAAAAUGUAUUUGAGAUGGGUGAAAGUAUUCAGGUAGAAUGGGAGGCACCUGAAAAUCAUGGAGCUCAAGAUUGGAUUGGCAUCUUUAAAGUAAAUGCAAAUAAGAGUAGACACGUUACCAACAUAAGUUCUCGUGGAUUAUGGUGCUGGACAAAUGCUUCUAAAGAUCCAAAAUCUGGAGAUAUCGUCUUCCCUCCUGAGACUCAGAUUGUGACUCAUGGUACUGUUACCUUUGGUGGAUCCAAAUUACCAUGGGAGACGGGUAAAUAUGAGUUUAGAUACCAACAUGAUAAUAAACAUAAUGUAAUGGCUAUCUCUAUUCCCUUUGAGAUCAAGGCACCAAGUAUACCACCUAUCAUCGAUAUCGAAACCACACAAACUACACUUUUGAAAUGGGUCCAGAACACGUUGAAUAAUGAUCCGGAUGUUAUACCUCAAACAUUUGACGAAGAAUUUGUUGGAAUGAAUGAAAUGGAAUCAAAGCAUUUAGUUGACUGUAUUAAACUUGCAUAUCAUGUUGAGUUUGUAUGGGAGGUAGUCGCCUCUGAUAAGUGUGUAUCACGUCUUGCAAAAAGGAUUCUUCGUGCAAGAGAAGCUCUUUCCCCCUUUUCAUCUGAGCCAUCCCGAAAAUUGUCUUCUGUAUCUACGCAAAGUUCUAUAGGUACCUGUGAAUCUCCUCUAGUUGCUAAAGUACCCGAUGAAAAUAUUUAGAAAUUUUUGUAAAUUAUAAUUAUUAUGUAUUUUUUUUUUUUUUUUU